GUGGCCGGCCGGGGCGUCUCGCGCUGGGUGACAGCUCGCGCGUGCUGGUGAUGGCGCUUGCAAGAUGAUAAUGAGGAGCACGUGAGCUGUUACACCUCCGGUUGGUGACAAAUCAGCUGAAAUCCCUCAGAAAACAGCAAAUUGUUGAGACCUACCUUGAGAUUCUUGAAAGAACACCGGCUAGGGCUUUGAAGCUGCCUGGCAGUGAGGACUUCCCAGUAAUUAAAUUCUCCGGGAUCCGCGGGAGGAUGAUGGGGCUGCUGCGCGCCCGCCACGCGGCGUGGCCGAGGAGAGGAUGUGUGAGCUGCACCCCGUCGGAGCAGCGACUCCUCCUGUGAGACAUGGAUCGAUGCAAACAUGUGGGGCGGCUACGACUCGCCCAGGACCACUCGAUCCUGAACCCCCAGAAGUGGCAGUGCGUGGACUGCCACACCACCGAGUCGCUCUGGGCCUGCCUCAAGUGCUCGCACGUGGCCUGCGGGCGCUACAUCGAGGAGCACGCCCUGAGGCACUUCCAGGAGACCCGGCACCCCUUGGCCAUGGAAGUGCACGAGCUCUACGUCUUCUGUUACCUCUGCCAGGAUUACGUCCUCAACGACAACCCCGAGGGCGACCUGAAGCUGCUGAGGAGCUCGCUGUCGGCCAUCAAGGGGCAGAGGAGCGGCAGGACGCUGCGCUCCAUGGCGCUGGCCGAGGACGCCUGGAGGAGGAGGAGCCCCCAGGGCCAGUCCCAGAUGCUCACGGCGCUGUGGCACCGGCGCCAGGCCCUGCUGGCGAGGGCUCUGCGCACCUGGUUCCACAAGAGCUCCCGGGGACAGCUGAAACUGAAGGAGAAAAAACAGAUGGAGGAGCUGGAGAAGAAGAAGGAGGCGGCUCGGCAGCGGCGGCAGGAGAUGAAGAGGCAGCUCCUGGAGGAGUUGGCCAGCACGCCGCCGAGGAAGAGCGCCAGGCUGCUGUCCCACGUGCACAGGGAGAGCUUGAUCCCAAGGAAAUUCAGGGAGGUGGCCACAGCUUCCCCUACCUCAAGGCAGGUGCAGAGCAGCAGAUUGAAGCAGUUCUACUCCAUCCGGCGGCAGCCCCUGAUGACGCCCGGGGUGACGGGGCUGAGGAACCUGGGCAACACUUGUUACAUGAACUCCAUCCUGCAGGUGCUCAGCCACCUCCAGAAGUUCCGAGAAUGUUUCUUGACUCUUGAUCUCUGUGAAACUGAAGAACUUUUAGCUAAAACUGUGAACGGGAGAGCCAGGAUGCCUGGCAAGCUGGCAAACGGGGCUGCUGCUAACGAGCCAGGGAAGCCUGGCGAGGUGGGCUCGUCCGGCACGCAGAGCUCUCCGGCCGGCUUGAACGGGGGCUCCUCCAUCAGCCGCAGCUUGGAGCUCAUCCAGCCCAAGGAGCCCAGCUCGAAGCACAUCUCCCUGUGCCACGAGCUGCACACCCUGUUCAGGGUGAUGUGGUCUGGCAAGUGGGCCCUGGUGUCCCCGUUUGCCAUGCUGCACUCCGUGUGGAGCCUGAUCCCGGCGUUCCGCGGCUACGACCAGCAGGACGCGCAGGAGUUCCUCUGCGAGCUCCUGGACAAGGUGCAGCAGGAGCUGGAGUCCGAGGGCAGCAGGCGCAGGAUCCUCAUCCCCUUCUCGCAGAGGAAGCUCACCAAGCAGGUCCUCAAGGUGGUCAACACCAUUUUCCACGGGCAGUUGCUCAGCCAGGUCACCUGCAGGACGUGCAACUACAAAUCCAACACUGUGGAGCCCUUCUGGGACCUUUCCCUGGAAUUCCCGGAGCGGUACCAUUCCCUGGAGAAGGGGAUCCUGCCCGUGCCCCAGGCUGAGUGCCUGCUCACUGAGAUGUUGGCCAAAUUCACCGAGACAGAAGCCCUGGAGGGGAGGAUCUACGCCUGUGACCAGUGCAACAGUAAAAGGCGAAAAUCUUCUCCCAAACCUCUUGUUCUGAGUGAAGCUAAGAAGCAGUUGCUGAUCUACAGACUACCUCAGGUCCUCCGGCUGCACCUUAAACGCUUCAGGUGGUCUGAGCGCAAUCACCGCGAGAAGAUCGGGGUCCAUGUCCUCUUUGAGCAGGUAUUAAACAUGGAACCUUACUGCUGCAGGGACUCUCUGCCCUCCCUUGCCACCGAGACCUGUGUCUAUGACCUCUCGGCUGUGGUGAUGCAUCACGGCAAGGGGUUUGGCUCAGGACACUACACAGCCUAUUGCUACAACACGGAGGGAGGUUUUUGGGUGCACUGCAAUGACUCCAAACUGAAUGUAUGUAGCGUGGAGGAGGUGUGCAAGACCCAGGCCUACAUCCUCUUCUACACUCAGAGAACGCUGCAGGACAAAGCAGGGAUCCCAGAAAAACAACUCCAAACUCAGGUGUUUGCCACCCAAAACCAGUGACAAGGACACAAAAGUGACAUUCCCACGAGGGGAAACACUCCCAGCUGCUUCGGGGAACGUGGGGGAUUCAUCAUCCCCUGGUCUGUGGGGAAACUGCAGGGAUGGGG